UAAUACACGUCUCCACAAGUACAGCGAGUGUGUAUUUACAAAGGUUAUCUACACGUAGCUUCCACGAUGUUGCUUCCAUCUUUCGGUAUCUACCUCUGAGAAACUAUGGCAGAUAUUUGUAGCAAGUUGACGAUAACUCUUCUUUUUGUGAACACACUGACAACGCAAACUCAGUCCGCCAAAAAUGGAAACCCAUUUGAUGUGACCCUGAGUCAGAGCCACCCAACUCAUCACAUCUCCUAUGAGGAUGCCGUAGCUACCUUGGAUCGCUCCGAACCCCCCGUUGAAAUGACAUGGAUCAUAAGGACCGAUGAGAACAUGCGCUUGCAGGUGAACUUCCACAGCUUCAGACUACUUAAAUUAUACUCCGUUCUCAUGUUUGGUGACGGCACGCAACCUGUUGAUGAUAUCUACGGUGUGUCCUUCACCAAGCUAGCUGGAUUCAGUGACUCUGAUCGACCAAGUACAGUUAUAUCCUUGACCCAUUCACUCUGGAUUCGGUUCCGGUCUCACAUUACGAAGGCCGAUUGGUCGUAUGAAUUCAUCAUUGAUGUGGAGAGGAUCCACUCUGGUGUCGACGACUUGAGGCUAACUUCGGACAGUCCGACUGCAUCGAUAACAUCCCCGAAUUACCCGAACAAGUACCCGAACAACAGCUACCGACUCUGGACGGUCCAAGCACCUGUGGGAUCGGUGAUCAAUGUCACCGUGGAAGCUUUCGAUCUCGUGUCUGACAACCAUCAUCUGCUUAUCGGCGACACGACUGAUCGUUUCGUGAACAGCGGCAUAACCACGUGGGUCCGGUGGACUGGGAAGAAACCAGAUGAUGACGUGUUAGGAAUAUUCCAUUAUCGCUCACAGGGGCCGUCCAUCCAUGUGCUCUUCACCACUUCCUACAAGUCCGGAGGGACGGGAUUUUCACUCGAGCUUUGUGCUUAUUUUGAAACCCCUGUCACCACGCAGCCUACAACAUCUACUAUUGCUCAUUCUACAACCGGCGAUAUCGAAUCAUCUCCCCCAAGAUGUGUCUGCGCCUCCACACCCCUUACCGCCAUCACCACCAAUACCACUACCGAAGAAGAACCCCCGGGAUCGCAUCCAGUUGCUACGGACUCGCUGCCUACCGAGAUGAUGGGGUCAGCUAAGGAGCAACGAGAGUGUCGAAGAAACGAAUUUUUCGGUUUUCGGUUUAUCCUUGUGAUCGUGGCAGUGGUUCUUGUACUUGUCUUCCUUUCUGCUGCUGCCGGGUGUUAUUUCCAGAGACGAAUGAACGUCAACAAACUGUUGAUCACCAUCGAUAAGAAGCCGGAUCCUCGUGUUCGGACGCAAAUUUGGUCCGCGGUCCAACCGGUCGGAAAGUUUGAUUCAGAUAUGAGCAACGCCCUACAUGAAGAAGCCGACUUGGUGGCGGAUAUUUUCCCAUACGGUCCGAUAUUUUAUGGCCGCCCUUCCUCAAGUUGCUUCUCGUACAAAGGUCGAAUGGAUGACUUCGGUUACCAGUUAACCGAAACGGUGGAGGCUAGCAGCCCGGGUUACAGUCCCGCGCUGAUUCAUACGUAUUUCGAUGAGCAUCUCAUACCGGAUAGGCGGAUAGCCGAGUUCAAAACCUACGGCAAGGCGUAACCGUAAUAAAGAUAUUUCGUCACAUCUUCCAUCUUUCCAAUAGUAAUUUUUGCUUUGAAAUCUAAGGUUUAAAAAAGAAUUACUUCUUAUUCUUUCAAGCUGACUUUCUGCUACACAUAUCUUUUUGCCUCGUUUAGAAAGAAAUGUUGGGACCAACUUCAGUUGAAACUAUCCAAUGUAGUAUAAGAAACUGCUAUGAUGAUUGAUUUUGUUUUUUAUCGUCCAAAUAAAUGGAAAUGUUUACAAAGUAUAUAACAUCAAGCAUAAAUCAAUCGAAUAAACUUCAAAUUACACAUUACUCAUUAAUCACCCAGUAAGUCAUAUUAAUAAUUUAAGCUUAAUCUUUAUAGAAUCAACACUAAAAUUCAAAACAAUGAAUUAUAAUUUUAAUUCUAACUAUAUUAUGAUCACAUGAUCUCAUCAAUGAAUGUAUAUUUAAUUUCAUUAUUCAUAUACAUGUA